AUGACCGCUCGACCAGAAUACGCCACUCAAUUCGACAAGGAUCUCAACUGCGAUGUGGUCCUUAUGCGAACCUCACCUACAGAAGAGUACCAGAAAUAUGUAUUCGACACAAAGUUGGUAAAUUUUGUACCGGCACCACAAGUCGUCAGAGUGUCGGACCUAUAUACAUACCACGAGAAGCUUUGUGAUCGUCAUAAAGCAGUCGCUUUUAGUCAGACACGUUGGACGCGAAAUUUGAAGCACGGAAGAACUUUCAAGUACGCCAGAGAUGAAUCCACCGGUAAACUCCGUCGAGUUCAAUGCACUUGCUGCAGGUUCGAGGAUUACGAUCCACAUAGUGGUAUUCAUUAUACUAUGAACAUUCUGGAUGAAUGCAAUCCUAAUGAUUUGGUUGAUAUGGAUACUGCAAACUUUCUAUGGCUCCGCCCAUUCUACUCUGACAUCUGCAGUGAAACUAAUGAAGUCGUAGUUUUUAUGUUGAAAUAUCCAGAAACUAAGAAGCUAGCCGCAUAUAGUUUUAACCCAGAGACCCAGUAUUUCUUGGAAUCCGACUGCGAAUGCAAGAAAUGCACUGAAAUUAACCACACUUACAACAUGUUCAGCCACGGAUCACAAGGAAUCGGAUAUCAAAGGACUCAUCGAGACAGGAACUUCCUGCCAUUGCUCCCCUUGGCUAUCACCAAGGAUUAUAAGUAUUCAAGAGAAGGAGUCAUGGAAUACUUCAGUGAUGAGAACGGAUACAUCGGAAAGUAUAAAUACGACUCUGAUCGAGACUUUUACGCGUUGGUUGAAUUGUUGGACGUAAGAGUUCACUCCAACAUGCAGGAUAUGGAACCACGACCCGAAUUGCUAUUGGAUGAUGAUCUCCGUUUGUUCUACAUUGAACAUUGCCGAGAAAUGAAGAGAGAUUUCUAUUUCGGAUUCCACCGAAAAGACAAGAAGCCCCAGCAGUACACAUUCAACGAAGUGACCCUUCAAUUCGAUCUCUUCAAAUGCUCUGAUUGUCAUUUCGAUCAGAAAAAGGCGCAGCUUUAUUUGGAGGAUAAACCGGCACUAGCCUCAACUUGCAAGCUGACUGGAAGGGAUAUUACAGUAUCCUAUGGAACAAAUGGCGUGCCGGCGAAGACGAUACGUGGUUGGGACUCGGGCUCGGUUGAGAUUAAGAUGGGAAAAGCGCCAAUCAGGAAUCUGUUGCAUUAUGAGAAAGACCAACUCAUUGCUCAUUUCUUUUCAAUUAGGACUUACAAAAAUCUACUUCAAUUCUCUGAAAUCGAUGGAACUGAGCAAUGGAAUGCCAGCGGACAGGAAAUGGACGCCUUGAUUGGAAUGGAUGGUCAGGUGAAGCUUCGCAAAGUUGUCCAACCACCAGAAGAAUCCCAAGAGGAAGAUGGAACAGAUAAACUAGAUGAAAUGCUCCAGUCAUUAAUCAGUGAGCAAGAUUUAGAGGAAUCUCCACUAGACAGACUGUUCAAUACAUACAAACAACAUUCGAACCGUGUUAGCAGAGGGUUGGCUGAAAUGAAAGAGAGACCUAAUGAACCUGAAAUUUCAAUCUGGAAGUUGUACCUGCAACUUGGUGGCUUCGAUGAGUCCAAACAGUCCGGUUCAGGAAAUGGUUCGGAUGGUAUAGAGGAGGAGGCUGAGGUGGCUUCUGACAAAGACAACGACUCCGAUGAAUCAUCCGACGAGAGUUCUGAAGAUGAUGUGGAUUCUGACGAUGUAUCCGAUGAAGCUUCAACUGAUGAACACAAGGCUAAUAGGGAGAGAAUAUUUCAUUCGGAUAUUUGGGAGCAAUACAGAAAAAGUCGUUGCUACGAUGAGCGUGCUGGUUCCAAGCAGUCCGGUUCGGGAAAUGGCUCGGAUGGUAUAGAGGAGGAGGAUGAGGUGGCUUCUGACGAAGGCAAUGAUUCCGAUGAAUCAUCCGACGAGAGUUCUGAAGAUGAUGUGGAUUCUGACGAUGUAUCCGAUGAAGCUUCAACUGAUGAACACAAGGCUGAUAGGGAGAGAAUAUUCCAUUCGGAUAUUUGGGAGCAAUACAGAAAAAGUCGUUGCUACGAUGAGCGUGCUGGCUCCAAGCAGUCCGGUUCGGGAAAUGGCUCGGAUGGUAUAGAGGAGGAGGAUGAGGUGGCUUCUGACGAAGGCAAUGAUUCCGAUGAAUCAUCCGACGAGAGUUCUGAAGAUGACGUGGAUUCUGGCGAGGUAUCCGAUGAAGCUUCAACUGAUGAACAUAAGGCUAAUAGGGAGAAUAGAGACGGACCUGAUGAUUCGGAAACUUCAAUCUGGAAGUUAUACCUACAAGGUGGCUUUGAUGAGCCGAAGCAGUCCAAUGAUUCGGAUGCUAUAGAGGAGAUCUGGGACCUAUUAAGAAAAAAUGGUUACUCCGAUGAGCCUGCUGGUUCCAGGCAGUCUGGUUUGGAAAAUUGUGCGGAUGGUAUAGAGGAGGAGGAUGAGGUGGCUUCUGACAAAGGAGAUGUUGCCGAUGAAAUAUCAGACGAGAAUGCUGAAGAUGAUGUAGAUUCUGGCGAGGUAUCCGAUGAAGCUUCACCUGAUGAUGAUGAUGAUAAGGAAUCAACAAAUACCGAGGACAGUUAUUCGGAUAUGAGCGAUGCUGAUCCAGAAAAUGAUGAAAUUGGUGGACCACCGGAAAGUGUCAUUGGUCGAAUUCUAGGAUUUUUCUGA